AUGACUAAAAUUUACUUGAAUAAACAUGAGAGGGGUUCAAUACCUCAUUCAAGAGUGGAAGGUAAAGAAACAAAAUUAGAGGAUGCAAAUGGAGAAUGGAUUAUGGGCAACACUGGGGUUAAGAAAAUUGUUAUGGAGCACUUCACAUCCUUCUUCACAAUCUCCAAGAUGAUGGAUGAAAUCGGGCAACUCCAACUACCACUCCAAGACAAAGAUAUUUGCAGGGCUCUAUGGAGUUUUAAACCUUUCGAAGCUUUAGGUCCAAAUGAUUUUCACCUAGGCUUUUACAAACAUUGUUGGGACAAAGUUAAAGGCAAAAUUUAUGAGACCAUUCGAGAAGUUUUUGUGAGUGGAAGGCUUCAAGAGGCUAUGAAUGACAUGCUUAUCUCCCUCAUUCCAAAGGGCGAAUCUCUUUAUUUAAUUAGUCAAUAUCACCUUAUAAGCUUGCUUAAUACCACUUACAAAAUUGUCUCUAAGAUUUUAGUGAAAAGGUUACGCCCCUUAUUGAACAAACUCAUAUCACCACUUCAAGGAAGUUUCAUUCUGGGGAGACAAGCUUUUGACAGUGUGGGCUUCAUCAAAGAAUUCCUCUACUUCUUCAAGUUUCCUCCAAAAUGGAUUCAUUUAAUCAUGAAUAGCAUGAUAUCCUCCUAUCUCGUAGUGGUCAUUAAUGGAGAAAGGAUGAAAAGUUUUCAAACUUCAAAAGGACGUGGUUCCCAAUUAAGGUCUCUAGGAAAGGUCUACGUCUCUUAUACCUACUCUUUGCUAAUGAUGAACACCAAGAGAGAUCAGCAGGAUUGGAUAACUAAACUUUUGAAUAUAAGAAGUACUGAUGAACUUGGAAAAUAUCUUGGUUUCCCUAUGCAUAGCAGAAACAAUGGUUUUGAUCAGUCUACUAUGGAAGCUCUCACGGCUUACUACAUGCAAUGCACGGCCUUCCUUACUUUUUCAUGCUCUGAGUUGGAUAAAAUCAAUAGAAGAUUUUUAUGGGAAGGAAGAAGUAACAGGAAAAAACUUCAUAGACUUAAGUGGACUGAAGUGACUAAAGCAAAGGAAGAAGAUGGCCUCGAUCGUAAAUUGAGCAGAGCCAUAAACCAAGAAUUACUAUCCAAACGAUGUUGGAGAAUGCUACAUAACCAGAGUGAGCUGUGGGUUAGGGUGCUGAAGGAAAAAUAUCUUCUCAACAAUGAUAAUAGGGGUAAGGGCCCUGUUAUUGGUCCUAUGAAAUGCGAAGAUGAAAACAUCAUAGUUAAACAAUUCAAGCAAAGGGUGGAUUCUGGCAACCAACACCCUGUUGCCAUUGAUCUCCCCUUGGAAGUUUUGCAAGCCAUCCAAAGUGUUCCCUUUAGCCGUCCUGAUGUUGGUAAUGACUCCAUGUGCUGGAAUUAUUCUAACUCUGGAGAAAUCGAUUUGAACAGUGCAUAUAAAUUUGCCCUCAACCAUGACAUGCAAGGUGGUGGAAAAGAAAGAGACAUGUGGACCUGGAUUAGGAAACAAAAAGCUCCCCCUAACCUCAAAUUCUUUUAG